AAGCAGCACUCCCCUACUGAAUUAUAUGUAAGGAACAGCAGAUGAAGAGUCAGAUAGCUGUGUCUUGGAGUUAUUUGUGCAGAACUGAGACCUCUACCCCUGAAAACUUCUUUGCAAAGUCGCCGCGGGAGACGGACUGGCAGCGACACCAUGAAGCGCGCCUUCCUGAAGCUGUUCCAGUCCGGCCAGAGCAAGCAGGACACCUGCUACGAAGGGGUCGUGUGCGAAGCCGACGCCGCCUCGGUCGCCUCGCAGGAUGUGUUUAAGGUGAUCUCAGAUGGAAGUACCUGCAGACUACGAAGUUUCAUUAAGAAGAAUCGGGAUGGUCUUAAGAAACUGGAUGAGCUAAAUGCCACUCCAUUGCAUCAUGCUGCAGCAGGAGGUCAACUUGAGCUAAUGCAAAUGAUUAUAGAUGGUUCUUCAACUGAAGCACUAAAUGUGACUGACUCCUGUGGAAACACACCACUGCAUUGGGCCACGAAAAAAUCCCAGAUUGGAAGUGUUAAAUUACUUCUCCGCAAAGGAGCUAACCCAAACAUUCUUAAUUCCAGUAUGAUGGCUCCACUUCACUUGGCUGUGCAGUGCCUUCAGAAUGAAUUAGUUAAGAUUUUCGUCGAACACAGCGCUACAGAUGUGAACCUGGAAGGAGAGAGUGGGAACACGCCCAUAUUACUUGCAUGUUAUAAAGAUAAUACUGAAGCACUGAAACUUCUGAUAAAAAAUGGUGCUAAAAUAUGUAAAGCAAACAGUUUAGGAUGUAUGCCAGUCCAUGCAGCUGCAUUUUCUGGUGCAAAAUCAUGCAUGGAGAUUAUCAUAAAGAAGGGUGAAGAAUUAGGCUAUUCCUCUAAAAAUCACAUCAAUUUUACUAAUAAUGGAAAGUGUAGUCCUCUUCAUCUGGCAGUUCAAAGUGGAGACUUGGAAAUGAUUAAAAUGUGCAUUGAAUAUGGAGCCCAAAUUGAUUUGAAGCAGAAUGACAAAUGCACAGCUCUUCAUUUUGCUGCCACCCAAGGAGCUACUGAAAUUCUUAAACUGAUGAUGUCAUCUUAUGCAGGCGAUGAACCUAUUGUUGAUGCAUUAGAUGGAAAUAAGGAAACAUUGCUUCACAGGGCUGCAUUGUUUGAUCACUAUGACUUGGCAGAAUAUCUGAUAUCAAGGGGAGCAAAGAUCGAUAGUGUUGACGUUGAAGGUCGAACUCCACUACUACUUGCUACUUAUUGUGCAUCAUGGAAAAUUGUGAAUUUAUUACUAUCAAAAGGAGCAAAUGUAGAAUUAAAAGAUCAUCUUGGUCGUAAUUUUUUGCAUCUAACAGUACUACAUCCUGGAGGAUUAAAACAUCUGAAUGAACAGUUUCUGAAGGUACAAGAAGCAUCUGCUUAUAUGAAGCAUAUUAAAGAUCUCAUAACUGAUGAAGAUAACGAAGGGUGCACUCCUCUACAUUAUGCAUGCAGGCAGGGGGUUGCCCUUUCAGUGAACAGCCUCCUUGAACUGAACGUUUCCAUCUGUUGUAAAAGCCGAGAUAAGAAAUCUCCUUUGCAUUUUGCAGCUAGCUAUGGGCGUAUCAACACCUGUCAACGACUCCUCCGUGAUAUGGUAGAUACCAGGCUCUUGAACGAAGGAGAUAAGAAGGGGAUGACUCCUCUGCACUUGGCUGCCCAGAAUGGUCAUGAGAAGGUAGUGCAGUUUCUCUUGAAGAAAGGUGCCCUCUUUCUCUGUGAUUAUAAAGGCUGGACAGCUUUGCACCAUGCUGCAUUUGGAGGGUAUACUCGCACAAUGCAGAUAAUUUUGAAUACUAAUGUGAAGUGCACAGAUAAAGUGGAUGAAGAAGGGAACACGGCUCUCCAUCUUGCUGCCAGAGAAGGCCAUGCCAAAGCCGUUAGGCUGCUUCUUGAUGACAGUGCCAAAGUACUCUUGAACAAAAAUGAGGCUUCUUUUCUUCACGAAGCCAUACACAAUGGCCGGAAAGAUGUUGUAAACACUGUCAUCUUACAUAAAAGAUGGGAAGAGACUGUUGUAACAUUUUCUCACCAUUCAAGUACAAAUAAAUGUCCUCUAAUAGAGAUGGUUGAAUAUCUUCCUGAAUGUUUGAAAUUAGUUUUAGACAAUUGCAUCACUGAAUCAUCAGACGACAAGGCAUCCAAAGACUUCUGUAUUGAAUAUAACUUCAGAUAUCUUCAGUGCCCACUGAAGUUUACCAAGAAAUUAAAAGAAGAUGAUGAUAUUGUGUAUGAGCCACUUAUCACUCUUAAUGCCAUGGUCCGUCAUAAUCGUGUCGAACUGCUCAGCCAUGCUGUCUGUACAGAAUAUUUACUCAUGAAAUGGAUGGCCUAUGGGUUUCGAGCACAUCUCAUGAAUCUAGCUGUGUAUUGUCUUGGCUUGAUGCCUCUAACGCUCCUGAUCAUUCACAUAGAACCAGAGGGGUCUUCCAACAGAACUGUUCAAGCAGGACCUUUUGAGAAUAAGGGUUCAUACUUCACAAAAGUGUGUAUGUGUUUAGUUUUUAUCAUGAGUUUAUUUGGAAUCUGCAAAGAAAUAAUACAGCUCUUCCAACAGAAACUUAAGUAUCUCUUGGAUUAUUCAAAUCUCCUCGACUGGACAAUUUAUACUACAAACAUCAUUUUUGUAUCAUCUUUAUUUAUUCAACUUCCAGUUCGUUUGCAGUGGGAGUGUGGUGCAAUUGCUAUAUUCUUGUCUUGGAUGAAUUUCUUGCUGUAUCUGCAAAGAUUUGAGAAUUAUGGAAUAUAUGUUGUGAUGUUUUGGGAAAUUUUGAGGACCUUGAUCCGAAUCAUCAUUGUCUUCUUCUUCUUGAUGUUAGCCUUUGGGCUCAGCUUCCAUGUUCUUCUCGGUUCACAGGAAACAUAUGGCACUCCGUAUCUUUCUGUAAUGCAGACAUUUGCCAUGAUGCUAGGAGAUAUCAAUUAUCGUGAAGCUUUCCUUGAACCAAUGCUUGCCGAUCAUCUGCCAUAUCCAUUCCUGAGUUUUGCAAUGCUUGUUAUCUUCUCUCUCCUUAUUCCAAUCCUUCUUAUGAACUUGUUGAUUGGCUUGGCUGUUGGUGACAUUGCAGAGGUACAGAAAUUUGCAGCACUGAAAAGAAUAGCAAUGCAGGUCAGUCUUCACACAAAUUUGGAGAAGAAACUGCCAUACUGGUUUCUCAGCAGAGUUGACCAGGAUUCAAUCACUGUGUAUCCUAAUAGGCCAAGAUAUUGUGGAUUUAUGAGUGUGUUUCAAUAUUGCUUUGGCAAUAAUGAUAUAGCAGCAAAUACACCGAAUGCUGACACAUCUUUGGAACUGGAAGUAUUGAAACAGAAGUACAGGCUUAAAGAUAUUGCAGCACUUAUGGAGAAACAGCAUGACCUCCUUAAACUGGUGGUUCAAAAAAUGGAAAUCAUAUCUGAGGCUGAGGAUGAAGACACAAACGAUCUAUUCCAGCACAAAUUUAGGAAGAAACAGUUGGAGCAUAAAAACAGUAAAUGGGAUACAGUAUUAAAGGCAGUGAAAUGCAAAGAUGCCGAGAUCUGAUAGAGCUGCCCCCAGCAGCAGCUGAGGAAGGUGGCUUUCAAGCAGGAAUCAUUCACCACAUGUGAGGCAAGGAAGAGAGAAGAUGAAAGUUUGCCUUUUACCCAAACAAACCAUCCAGAUGUAGCGGUGAGGGUAUCCAGGGCAGCACUAUGCAAAUGUAUAGUUGCUGACUAGCAGACCCCGUGGUCUUCUCUGUUUUAAUCACCCUAAUUAGUCAGCAACUACUUGCUUGCAGGAUGCUAUCCCUACCUCGCAGUUUCUCUGUGAUGGCUUUUGCUAGGAAUGAGCUUAGCACUAUUCAAGCAUACUUGCUUGCACUUCGUUGUCUAAAAUACUCCUUCCCUCCUGGCUGCCUUCUGAUGGCUCUGUUUAAAAACUCUGUUUAAAAACUUCCUACAUAUCAGAGGCUGCUGGUUCCUGCCAGAAAACCACUUCACUAGCUACUUCUGGCUGUAGUGAAAACUCUGUACGUUGUUAUAUUUUAUGUCUAUGUAUUUCUGCCUCAGCUAUUGCUAAAGACAGGGCCUCUUCUUCUCCAGUUGCAUGGUUAUAGUAAUACUAAUGGAGUUUGCAUAAUGGAAAGAGAGAUGUUCUUGGCUAGAGAGUGUGUUAAAUACAUCUUAACUCUUUAUCUUAUCACAUGUACGUAGCAUGUAUACAAACGAAGAGGAUAAGCAAUGAUUUAAUGUAGCAAAUAGCUGGUUCAUAGAAUACUCAGUCAGCACAAGUCCCAGUUAAAUCACUGGAGCAUCUCAAAGUAUAUGUGUAAGAAGUAGAUGAAUAGGCAGUACAGUCGACUUGCAAUUUGUGUGCAUUAAACUUGUGCAAUUGCAGCUUUACAUAUUUGGUGGCCAGCCGUAAUCGCACAAAUAUCAUGCAUGCAAGGUGGAGAGCUUAAAAAAUAUUUCCACGCCAGGUUUUCCUGCAUUGGAGAGCUUUUAAACUCUCAGACUUAUUUACUGGCUCUGGGAAGUUCUUGUGUAUCUGGGAAGGUCUCACAAUAUAUUGUAAACUGCCUUGUGUAUAAUAAUAUAGAAAGGCAGCUUACAAAUUAAAAGUGAAAUGAAAUUUCGCAAAUGUCUCCAGAGUCAGUUAAGCAAGACAGAGAGUUUGUUACAUACGUAACAGAGCACAGAACAAGGUAGUACAUUCCUUCAGUAUCCCUUCCUCAAAGCACUGUGAUUGAACAGCUCCAGUAAAUCUAUCCCUUCUGAUUAGAAGCUAAUCCCGCCAGUCACAAAAUAGAUCUCCAGUCUGCCUUCCUAUGCUGGCAUAAUCUGUUUUUUUCCAAGCAGGAGAUGGAAUGCUUCAAUUUUUGCAGACACAACGUCUGCAGGUGGGGUUGUUUUUUUGUUUUUUUAAAGAAUAUCAGAACCUCUUAAUUUCCUUAUAUACUGUAGUUUCAGAAGUUGGGGUGGUUUAGAGCGAUCCUGCUUCAGCUCAAACAAGCCCCAAAUCUGUACAAAGCCACCGCCUCAGUACAUAACUCAGAAUUGAUCCAGAUCUAAUGCCCAUUCCUAUGCAUACACUUGGAUUUAUUGGAUAUUGAUCUAAAUUAGUGUAUGAUCCAGUUGCUCCUUUUCAGUCUCACUGCUGUCCAUGGGAAAGUCAAACCCUCUGCUUAGCUCUCAAUACAUUGAACUUUAAGGGUGGAAUCCUGUGAACACUUAUGCACAAGUAAGCCCCACUGAAAUCUUACUUUCACGUAAACAUAUAUAAGAUCAUGCCACACAGUGCUAGGCUUUAACUGAUUUGUGCUGUGUACAUUUAUUUAUUUGGUAAAUGAUUAACUUUGUGUGACAAAGUAUGAACUUCUGAAAUACUAAAUGCUUCUUUAGGAAGGCACAUUUUUGUUCUCUGUCAUUUCUGGCAGCCCCAGUCAUUUCAUUUUCUAUUCAUUAUAGCCUCGUUCAUUUUUCUUUACUAAGUUAAUCUCAGUGGAUUCCUAGCUUGUCUCCCAAAGCCUGUAACUUUAGUGUUUUCCAUUCCAAAUGCUAUGAAAUAUUCAGGUGUAGUAAGGCCAUCAGCCCUGCCAUGAUUCGGACAGAUUGGAUAAAUGGCCCCCCAUUUCACAAGCAAUUAAAAAGGGUUGUUGUCUUCAGCAUGGAGGACUUUAUUCUUCAGAUUGGACAGUUUUCAUGUACUUAGUGCACAAUACCUUCUUCCUUCCCUGCACACAGUUCUCUCAAUGUUUCAGUUUGCUAAACAAUGGGAUGUUUUAGAACUGUGUCUUGUGAGAAAUGAUUGAAAGCACAGUAAUAUUAAUGAAUGGGAAAAACUAAUCAAAAGGAUUUUCAUUUGUUUGUCCCAUCUGUUUCUAUUUUUCAGUCAUUUCUCAUGGAUACAUGGAAACUAAUGGGGCUCAUUCAUUUGUUUUUUCAUUUGUUUUUUUUUGGGGGGGGAAUUGCACCCCUAGUUAAAAUGACUAAAUGCAUAUUUACCUGUGUGACACAAUAACAUAGAAACAGAACACUGAAGUACAAAGGAAUAUGGAAUUAAAUUGGGGCAUGUAUUCGCUUGAUUAACAGCCUAAUGCAGCUUGCUUAAAUCUCACUUUGUUUUAUCUUAAGCACUGGCUCUGCUGUAUCACAAUUACAUGAUGUAACCUAUUAAGCACGGGCUAAAAUAAUAUGUCAGUCUGUGUUGCUAUUAACCAUUGUUGAAAUUGUGUAGCAUUCUUCCUGUUCCAUAAAGAUCUCAAUAAAACUAUGCCUACGCCUAACAACUGUCAUUCAUUCAUUCCCUUUUGUGAUUACAUAUGUGAUUUGUUAUAGCAUUUAUAGAUUGCAUUAUUUCUUCUCUAUGUGGAAAUGAUCGUUAGAUAGAUAUAGAUGGAUAUCUUAAAUAGCUCUUUAAAAGUGUAAGGAAAUUUCUGUUCAACUUUCAGAAAUUCACAUGGAGGGUGGCUCUUCUGAAGUGACCAAAGGUCAAACUCUGCAUGCCUAUGCAAUGCUUAAUAAAUCAAGAAGAAGGAUUCUAGCCUAGUGGUCUUCCUGGUAUGCUGCCUUUUCAUGAACAGAAAGAGUUUGACAAUGUGACAUUCUCACC